AUGAUUGCUUGGUUUGUUCACUUUAUCAUUUCCUCGCUGACGAUUGUCACCUUUCAUGAUGCUGUCAUCUUAAGACACAAUGCGGGCGAUGAAAGGUUAUUGCCACCAAUUGAUACCUUGUCGUUGUGUCAUAUGUAUCCUCAUUUGCAAACUACGAAAUCUGUUCGAGUAGCAAGCUUUUGCUUUGCGUAUGCCAUUGGAUUGUUGGUGAUUCGACUGGCUUCAAACAAACCCGGGAUACAUCGUUAUUCCGUUCUGUACGAAUUGACUUGGCUAUGCAAUGGGGCACUUCUCUUUGGUGGAUCGUUUGGGCUACUGACGUGCCGACCUAACAUUGCAACUGGCUUUGCAGUGGCCGUCAGCAUUGAUCAGAUUUUGUGGUACGUCGAUGUUCUAGGAUAUGCCUUCAACCGUCUCAUGGGCGUCAAGAAGAAGAAAAUGUUCCCCAUUGGAGUGUGCCAGUACUUGGUCUGGAAACAAACUCAUUGGUCGGCAAAGAUUACCUGCACACACCAUUUCUGGACCAUCCCACUCUUGAUUUAUGCUGCUGACGGAAUUCGAUGGCAAGCUUACUUUAUGAACACAACUACAGUUGCUUCGUAUGUACUCUUAUCCCGAUGGCUGACACCAUUUGGAUUGAACUCGCAUGCCAAGAAAAUUCAAGACGACAAGGUGACAUCUAGGGAAUACAAUAUGAGUUCACCUCUUCAGUUUGAAAAGUACAUGAAUGUGAAUCUUUCUCAUGAACUCUGGCAAGACAUCCGCAUCGGAAUUCUGAGACGACAAGCAGACAAUCAAACAACGAUGGUCUAUCUCUUCCGGCUAAUUGUUUGGUGGCAAAUGUUCAAUCUACUCUGUUUUCUCUUAUUACGAGGAUUUGCAGGGAUGAUGCAAUAA